GAGAACGCCAUGUUCUCACCCGUCGCUAUCAGACGUCUAUCAUUUCUCGUUCGGCAUUGUUCCUGCAGCUCAUAUCUUCAGCCUUGCCUGUGUGUUGAGGUCAAUGUCUAUUUUCGCGUAUGUCGGGGUCCAAUAACCGUUCAGCCGUGUCGUGUCCGAGUACGUGCAUACAUAUGCCCUUGCUACCACAUCCAAACAUCCAUUUUCAGCGAAGAAAGGCCGGGGUAAUUUGCGACAUGUGCGAAAACGCCCCGCGUACAAAAUACGCCGGUCCGCUGCCAAUACAGCUUUCUCCACAACUCUCCCCUUAGCCUCUCCGGUGUGACAAAAGAAGGCUUAUAUCGAUUUGUCUACCCAGUAAGAUACGCUAGCAUACACCAAGAUGUUUGGCAGGCAAGGCUUUCCCGCUCUUGCUCUUGCUCUUCUCCUAGCCUUCACUAGCGUAGUACGCGCUAGUGGUCCGACGAGUAUCUUCAUUGAUCAGAUCGAAGAAUACAAACUUCUCGCAACAUGUGCCGAACUUGAGUUGUCGACUAUCGUGCGUAACAUGGAAUGGGGGUGUGGGGAUGGCGGCUCAUACCAGUCAUUUACUUGCUUCUGCUACGAGAGCUCUGCCAAGUUCUCUAGCAUGAUUGGAGCCCAUGUCAUGACCAAAUGUCCAGAUGACCCUUCGCAAAAUACGACGGCGCUGGAGGUCUUCAGCAGCUACUGUGAUAUUGGUGGGUCUAAGUUGGCUGAGAUCGUCGCCGCUACAACGUCAGUACCAGCAACAACGUCAUUGCCAUCACCAUCUUCUGCUUCUCCAGCAUCGACGCUGCAAUCAGCAUUCUCAACACCUACCUCAACAACACCAAAAUCUUCACCUGAACCGACUACAUUACCUGAGUCAGCGCCGGCUCCUAAGAACACCUCUCGGAAAGUCGCGAUAGCCACAGGUAUCACCGUUCCGAUAGUAGUGCUAGCUUCAGCCUUCGCGGCCUUCUUCUUGUUCCGCCGCUAUAGGAACAAGCAUAGUAAACCCGUGCUGUAUGAAGCCGACGGUUCUUCCUUGGAUGCAUCAAGGGGUGGCACAUGCCAUGAGGUCAGUGAGAAAGGGCAGAUUCCUGCAGAACUGGCAGAUCACGAUCCUCACGAGUUGGAUGCCGGAAGCGAUAGCAAGGUUUAAUGAAAAGCGCCUUUAGUGAUUGGAUUCUUGUGAGACUCAACGAGAAAGUCGGCAUAGUCUCGAGUAAAAGUCGCUUGCAUGAUUUUCUAUGUUUUGCGGUAGUGCAACAGGAUGGGAGUCUCUUCUCAAGGAUUAGAAGAAUGGAGAAAAUCUAACCCUGGCAUCCACUUGCCGCUUGGUACUCCAUCAUGACAGUCGUGUUAAGUCAAUCGUGACCAGGUUACUAAGGUAAGCCGU